UCACCUAAGGAAGAUUAAUAAAAUGUUGUCAUGGCCCUUAAAGGUGCAGUGUGUAAUUUUUAGAAGGAUCUCUUGACAGAAAUGCAAAAUAAUAUACAAAACUAUAUUAUCAUGAGUGUAUAAAGACCUUUUUAUAAUGAACUGUUAUGUUUUUAUAACCUAAGAAUGAGACGUUUUUAUCUACAUACACCAAGGGUCCCCUUACAUGGAAGUCGCCAUUUUGUGCCGCCAUGUUUCUACAGAAACCCUUAACGGACAAACUUUUUUUACUAAGUUGUCUCCGUCUAUGACAUUUUUUUGUGGUGGCUACUGUAGCUUCUCUAUGCGUUUCAAAAGCGAGGGAAGAGCAGUGGACUGAGCCAUUGGUUGCAAUUCGCAACCUCACCACUAGAUGCCGCUAAAAUGUACACACUGCACCUUUAAGCAGAAUAAAUAUCCAACUAACACAAUACAUUAGCUCUUACUGAUGAUUAGAACAUUAAAAUGCUCAACAUGCCUUUAGAUGAUUUACACAUGUAGUAACGAGUGGAAUGGGAUGCAUAUGUGUUCUGAUGCGCCCCUGCCCCCAAGCCGUUCAUGUGCUGUAAAAUGUGAAUGAGUGGAUUUCAUGAAUCUGUUUUCCCCACCCCUCUCAAUCUUGCAGGGAUUUUAUAACUUGUGUGAUAUGUUUCUAGCCCACACACACAGUGACCACGGGCACCAUCCAGCCAUCCCAGAUGUAUAUAAUUUCCUUUCUUCAUCUGAACACAAAUAAAUAAUUUUAUAUUAAAAUGUCAUUAUCUUUUUAUGAGAGCCAACAUGGCAAAGCUCCAAAAAUCACAUAUCCAUCUUUAAAGUAAUCCAAGAUCCAGAUGUAUGAGAUUUUUAAAGCUUUGCCAUUUUUGCUUCCAUAUUAGAAGAUAACAUGACUUUUUUGAUACAAAAUUACUGUUUGUGUUUAUCUAAAGAAGGGAAGUCACUAAUAUAGUGAAUGUCCGUCAGCAAUUAGCAGGGAAGGAAUACAAAUUUUCUUUCACCAAGGUAUCCAAACCUUGUGCACAUGGCACAUCCCCAGCCCCCUGUAUCCACCCCAUCCAGCCACUGCUUGUGCUGUGGAGCCAAGAGCCAAUCAGAUGCUUCCCUUCGACCUAGCCUCUGUUGCAGAGCUCGUCUGAUUGGCUUUCCUCCGUGCAGCGUGCGGCAGCGAGUAGGGAGAUACCUGGCAGGAGGGAGAGGGGCUGUUUUCUGUGUUUACACAUGAAUAAGACAGAGUAGGAGAGCAGAGCAUGCGGCAGCGAUGCAGCUUUCCUCCAGUCAGCGGCACACAGUCUCAGCCCGCCACAGGUGCUGCUACUCCAUCAGUCCAUGGCAGCUCAUGGUGCUGGGUUGAGCUCUGCAGUGCUGGAGUUGAUUCUGCUGCCGUCACAUGCAGACUGGACUGACAGAUUCCUGUUGAACCGGGGAGAUCAGGCGGUCUGGACCACAGCACAGACCGUGUUUGUAGCAUGUGCAUCGGCUGGAGGGAGCUUCUUUUGCGCUGGACGUUUUGUUCGAGCUUCAUUUUGCGCUGAAAUGCCAGACGCCAAUUACUUGUUCUCUUUGUCGUGGAUGUACGUUCAGUUUAAAAGGAUGCUGAAUCGAGAGCUAACACAACUGUCAGAAACUAGCAAGUCAGGAAAUCAGAUCUCUGAGUUUAUCUCCAGCACUUUUUUGGAGAAGCAACAUGAUAUGGAAAUCAUGUCUCCUUCAACCAAGGAGAAGGAGAAGAAGAAGCGGCCCAUGUCCCAGAUAAGUGGAGUGAAGAAGCCCACACAAAGCUCCAGCGUGGCAGCUUCCAGCAUCCCACGCUUUGGCGUCAACACUGACCAGGAAGAUCAGCUGGCCAAGGAAUUAGAGGAGAUCGACAGAUGGGGUGUGGAUAUUUUCAAGAUAUCAGAGUAUUCCAACAACCGACCAUUAACGGUAGCAAUGUACACAAUCUUCCAGGAAAGAGAUCUAUUAAAAUCCUUCAAAAUUCCUGUAGACACUUUCAUUAUGUACAUGAUGGCACUGGAGGAGAACUACCACUCAGAUGUCGCAUACCAUAAUAACAUUCAUGCAGCUGACGUGGUCCAGUCCACCCAUGUGCUCCUCUCCACUCCCGCCCUGGAGGCUGUGUUCACUGACCUUGAGAUCUUGGCUGCAUUGUUUGCUAGUGCAAUACAUGACGUGGACCACCCAGGUGUAUCCAACCAAUUCCUCAUUAACACAAAUUCAGAGUUGGCUCUCAUGUACAACGAUUCGUCGGUUCUGGAGAACCACCAUCUGGCCGUUGGCUUCAAACUACUGCAGGAAGAAAACUGUGACAUCUUUCAGAACUUGACGAAGAAACAGAGACAGUCGCUACGCAAAAUGGUCAUCGACAUGGUCUUAGCCACAGAUAUGUCAAAGCAUAUGAAUCUGUUAGCAGAUCUUAAAACCAUGGUAGAAACCAAGAAGGUGACAAGUCUGGGUGUGCUACUGUUGGACAACUAUUCAGAUCGCAUACAGGUUCUUCAGAAUAUGGUGCAUUGUGCUGACCUGAGCAACCCGACGAAGCCCCUGGAGCUUUACCGCCAGUGGACCGAUCGCAUCAUGGUGGAGUUCUUUACUCAGGGGGACCGGGAAAGGGAUAAGGGUAUGGAGAUCAGUCCCAUGUGUGACAAACACAACGCUUCCAUCGAGAAAUCGCAGGUGGGCUUCAUAGACUACAUCGUGCACCCGCUGUGGGAGACCUGGGCAGACUUGGUUCACCCUGAUGCCCAGGAGAUUCUCGACACAUUGGAGGACAAUCGCGAAUGGUACCAGAGCAUGAUUCUUCACAGUCCCACUUCAACCUCAGAGACAAAGAGCAGUGCUGCUGGGACGGGAACGGUGGGCGGAGGUGUGACCUCAGCGGGGGAGAAGUUUCAAUUUGAACUGACCUUAGAAGAAGAAGGAGAGUCUGAUGUUGAUGAAGACUUCAAUCUAGAUUCCACCUAUACAGAUCCAAAUGGCCAACAUUCGUCUCAAGCUCCCCGCACGCAGCAGGCGAACCUGAACGCUUGGACCCACGGCUGCAGGACUCUGUCUUUAGAGAUGGCUGAGCCACCAGACAGUGAAGAUGAGGAAGGAGAGUUUGACCAGGAAGGGAAAAGCGUGUCGUGCCUGAGUCUGGGAACAUAACAACUGCACUUUUUUUGCUUUGUUAAAUUUUAUUUCGUACCUCUUAUGCACCAUCCCUCUCAUCCCAUCCUUAAGUUACUUGGGCGAACGGGACAUGGGGCAGGAGAGCAAAAGAGGAGUAGGAAUGUAUCCACAGGACAUGUUUUUAAACAGCAGUCACCUUGCACUGGGAAAACUCCUAGUCUACAAACUCUAAAAACAUUUUUGUACCGCAAAAAACUGCCUGUGUGUUAUGGACUGAGAGGAAAUCUACUUUAAAGUGUCUUCCUGCGACAUCUGGAGUUUUAAGUAACGAACAAUAACGACCUUUGAGAGUUCAUAGUUGUUGUGACUGAUAAACAGGACACUUUUUAUGACACGUAUGUGCACUAAUAUGUUUUUUAAAAGAUACACUGUUGACUUAAAGCUGGUAUAUAUAUAUACCUGAACAAAAACAACCUAACCUUAACGUAACAAACAAACAAACCUCAGGAUACAAAGAAAUGAUUACUUUCAUGUAGCAAACAGCUUGAGGGUACCCACACAGUGACCACAGUCUUCCUCCGACUGCUAUAAAAAUCUUUAGACGAGAAGUCGAGCCAUGAUUGUGAUCUUUUGUAUUUGUAUAUUGCACCAUCUAGUGCUUAGUAGUGGAACUAGAGCCGCAAUUAUAGGACUUACCACUCCGACAGAAUACAGUGGCUCUGUAUUGUUAUGUACCUUUGCACAUAUUUUACUCGUUUGAUUUGACUAUUACUAUUGAAACGGUUUUAACUUAAACCCUCUCACCUUUGUUUGUAGGAAUGCUUUAUUAUUUAUUGCAUUCACAUUGUUUACAUCCUUGUUUUUUCUAUUUGGCUUUUUUAUUGCAUUGUAUACUUUCAUCAUUUUGAAACCGCUUGCUGCUGAUAUUAUAGGUAGCACUUUAGAAAUAACUUUUCAUUGCUCCAUCAGUAAGGGCUUUAUUAGUCAUCAUAAACUCACCAAGGUCAGCAGGGUUACCAGCAAACAUGUACUUGCCCUGUAAUUUGUGCGGUUUGGUCUAUAGAAGGCUUACAUCCACUAGUCUAGGAAAUAAGCGGUGUCCUAAAACCACAUGUGUGCUUUCUUUUUUGUGCUGGUCACACUGAAAUAUGAGACGUUUAGGUAUAUUAACAUUAAAUGUAUUCUAUUCUAAAAGCAAACUGAAGUAAAGCUGUUGAAGUACACGGGUUUAAACGCAUAAAGCCAAAGUUCAUUUCUGUGCCAGACCAGUUUUUGGUGAUUGAUCAAUUCUCUGCUCUUCACGGGGACAUAGCCAAUGAUGGUACAAGUGCCAAGCAAGCAUGAUCUAUGCUGUACUGUAAUUUCCAUUUUGCCACUGGCUAAUUUCCAUCAAUGACAACUACUGUCAGUAACUUACCAAUCUGAUGACUUCUUUCUUAAAACACGUCAUUUUGUCAGUUUUUGUUUGAACACAUUUUGUCAUUUGAAUUUAAAACGUAAUUUAAAAAUUUAAUUUAAAAAAGUUGAAACAUUUAAUGAUAAACAACAUGUUUCAUAAAUCUUUCUGACUUAGUAAAAUGUGCUUAUUUUAAGGGGCGUGUGUAUGUGCUCCACAGCAAUGUUUUAUGUGGUCAUGAAAGGUUUAGGUCAGCAUUUUUCAACCAGAUGGGUUUUACUAUAGUAACUAUAGUAACUAACCAUGGGUAAUUUUGUAAGGGGGGGGGGGGCAGCUCAAGAUGACUUGAAAUUAUUAAAAAUAAGACAGAACAUGGAUUUGAAUAAGAUAAAACAACUAAAAUCAAUUGGUCUUGGUUAUUUUUAUAAUUAAAUUCUAGUCAUCCCAAGCUCUAGAAUAUUUUAUAGGGUGGUGGGGGCUACAAAUAUUGUUGUGGACAAUGGGGGGGGGGGGCUUGAAACCAAAAAGGUUGAGAUCCACUGGUUUGGACUUUAUGCUCAUGUCAAGUCUUUGUUUUGCUUUUUUUCAGUUGCAGCUCUGACAAUCAGUACUGUUUACCACUACAACGCUGUUACUAAUGUUGUUGUGAUUGGUUUCUUUUCCCAAUGCCAAUAAAAGAAAAAAUUACUA